CGAGAGUUCUCGUGGCUAUGCGAGACUUGAUAUCAAAAUGGCUGCGAUUCAUUACUUAUAAACUAUUUUAGUGCAAGAAGUCGUCGAAUGAAUAUUUGCCCCAGCAGUUUACAUACUUGUCAGCUCACUCAAAAUGAGUUUUGACGAGGAACCACCACCUGAUGCUCGUCUUGGACCAGCUCCUGCACCUUUGGAUCUUGGUCGUCUGGAAGUGGAGGCCCGAGCAGCAGCUGCAAAACAUGUUGCCAGUCUUUUGCAGCGACCAGAUCAGCUGGAGAAAGUAGACCAAUACAAGAGAAGAGUUGCCCGAAAGAAGGCAUCAGUUGAGGCAAUGCUGAAAACUGCUGUUCAAUCACAACUUGAUGGCGUGAGAACUGGACUGAAUCAGCUGCAAAGUGCUCUCCAGGAUGUAUAUGAGAUCAAACACAGUUUGGAUCAAGUUGAAGAGGCAUACAAGGCUAUUGAUCCACUUCACAAAGUCCUGAAGCCAUUAAUGGAGGAAAACAGUAAAUUUUGUUCGCUUACAGCAGCACAAGAGAAUCUGAAGCACAUCUUCACAGUGCCAGAGAGUGUGAAAAAGACCAGGGAUCUCAUCAGUGAAGGGAAGCUACUCCAGGCCCAUAAACAUCUUACAGAUCUUGAGAGGUCAAGAGACGAUUUACUGCUUGAGCUGCACAAGCAGCCUCAUCAGAGCCCCACUGACAAGCAUAUGCUGAAUCAAUACUUUGCGGAGGUGCAAGAGCUGUCUAAAGAACUCGGCAAGCAGCUGUGGGUGAUCAUCCAGCGGAUGUUGAUAUCUGUGCGUCGUGAGCCAACGCUCAUUGUUACAGCCUUACGUAUAAUUGAACGAGAAGAAAGGAUGGAUGCUGCAUGGAUGAAGAAAAAGGAUCACCCAGGGUUCAUGCCCCCUGGACGGCCUAAGAAAUGGAGAGACCAGUGCUUCAAAGUCUUAGAACAGAGUAUUGCAGCCAAAAUGGAAGGUAGCCAACUAGAGUCAAGAGAUGAAAAUAAAAUGUGGCUGGUCAGACAUUUGGAGAUCUUGCGGCAGCUCAUGAUUGAUGACCUGAAAGUUGUCAAGACACUUUUGCCUCCUGUGUGUCCCCCAGAGUACAAUGUUGUCAAGCGCUACACAACCAUGUAUCACAAGGGGUUGUCACAGCAUCUACAGGAACUUAUCCACCAGGAAUUAGAGGGCAAUGAGAUUGUCUCCCUUCUUCAGUGGGUUGGUGCUUAUGAUUCCCCAGAGCUGAUGCGACACCCUGAUGUCAAUAUUGAUGUAAAGGAUCUGGGACCUUUGCUUGAGCAGGACGUCAUUCGCCACCUGCAGAAUCAAUACAUGAAAAAUAUGGGACAGAAUAUCUCAGAAUGGAGUCGAAAUACACUGCGUUCUGAUGUGAAGGAUUGGCUAAAGGCUGAAGAACCAGAGGCUGAUGGUGAUGGCUACUAUAACACUCAGUUACCUGUCAUUAUUUUCCAGAUGAUGGAACAGAAUUUGCAAGUUGCUCAAAUUAUUAGCCAGGAGCUUGUGAAGAAUGUUCUGGAACUGUUCACUUUUGAGCUAAACCGCUUUGCAACUGAGUACAAAAAUGAGAUAAAGAUCUACAGGGAGCGACAUAUGGCAGACAGAAAGGAGCCUAAAUUUUUUGUGCACUACAUGAUAGCCAAUAUCAACAACUGCCUGAGCUUUGGUGAAUACAUGCGUAUGCUUCGCCGUCGUUAUCUAAAGAAUGAUGAGUAUGAGGAAGAAGGGGUUGAAGAGGACACAGAAAUGAUCCGCAAAGACCGCUUCCAGCAAUUGACAGAACAGUUCUUGGCCAUUGGAAAUGAGUGCUGUGGAAUCCUGCUGGAUGAACUUCAUACUGACUUAAAAGAGAGCAACUGCAUCAACGAGCUUAUGACACGUAACUGGAUGGCCAACACAAAUGCUGUGGACACUAUAUGCACAUGGGCAGACUAUGCCCAGGAUUUUGUCCACAUCAAGCCCCGUAUGUUUGAGUCUUUAGUACAAGAAGGACAAAAGAGAAUUCUACGAGAGUAUCUUCGAGCCUUGCUGUCAAGAAAACUGUCCUUCAAAAACUAUGAUGAACGUCGUGCUUCAGCAGAGAAAAUCUGUCGAGAAGCAGAGCAGAUGCACAAGUUGUUCAAAGAUCUGGCUCCCAAACUGGAAGGCAAUCAGUUUGAUGUUCUUCCAGCCUUGGCGGAAGUUUUACGCUUGAGGGACACUUCCAUGUUAUCCCUUGAAGUGACGGGGUUUGCCCAGAAGUAUCCAGAUAUUCGCAUGGAGCAACUAAUCAACUUGAUUUUGUGUCGUGGAGACAUUAGUCGUGCUGAUGCCAAGCAGUUUGCAAUGGAUACUUUAGGUGAAGAAGACCUUCGUCCCAAACCAAAAGGCAUUUUCACAGAUCUUGGUGCAGGAUAGUCAGUCUAGGAACAGCCUUAUGGUAUAUAGCAGGAGAGCAGCAUGUCAAUGGAACUACAGUGUGGCACAGAAAAGGUCCUCAGCAAGAGAAAUAGAAACAGGAUUGUUCUGUUCAGGCAAGGACUGAUGUCAUACUGCAAUCUUUCAAUCCCACCAUUUCUGCAGAGCUUCAUGUUCAUCAAGUUUAUUAGAACAGCUUGAGGUUGGCAGGAUAUAAGCAUAUUUUACCAGUCAGGGUAGCUACUGGAUAAAUAUGUUGUCUUGGUUUAAUUUAUUUUGCUUUUUUAAGACUGCACUAUUGUAAAAAUUCUCAUUUUUGAGAUAGUUCACAUUAGACUAACACCACAUACAUUAACUCUUUACACUCUGGAGCUUAUUGCUUAUCUGGCAGGUAACAAUCGUUUUUUGACAAUGCCUAUAUGACUUUGAACGGUAAAAAGUUCAGAAUGUUCAUGUCAGUAAUGUGAAGUAAAUGUUAGAACAAAUCGAAUUUUACAGCAAAAGCACGCCAGAUUAAAGAUCAUUAAAAUGAGAGAGAGAUAUAGAACAAAUUGAGGACCUGCUUUUUCCAGUGGACUGCAUGAAUCUCUGUAUCAAUAAUUGCAAUAUGCUUAGAGUGGGUAAAGCUUAUAUUUGGGAGCAGUGUGCAUGGAAGAAGAAUCAUACUUUGAGAUAAACUCGGCCUCCAGUUGCUUUAGGCUGCAAUGUUUGUCUUUUACAAAAGAAGUGGUGAAACCAAUAUCUAAUAGAAUCUUUCCUUUACAAUUUGUGCAUCAAUAAUUGCUACUUAGUAAUUGCAGGACUGCUUACCAGGUGUGUGCUCCGUCAAAACAUCUCAGAAUUAAAGUAUGUUAUUGCUGA